GAUGAUCUACCUAAAACCACAGCACCGAAAGUGCUUGACUCAUAAAUAUCCUAUUAAAUUACUAUAGGGACUAUGUGAUCAUAAUCCCUCAAAGUUACAGAAUAGGACUAAAUGGCAGCCGUCUUGGUCAAGGAGAAUUAUCAUUAUAAUUAUCAUUCCUAAUUAUAUGGUUUGACUAAAGCAGUGACGACUCGGAUACCACGGUUUCUACCUCCCGCCCCGCGGACACAGUGAGUUUGACUGUCUCGCUGUCAGCGCAGCGGUGAAUGCCGGUUUGUUUGGCCACCAGCGAACAGUUGCGUUUCGGCUCUACGUGUACAUGCAAGGUGUGACAAAUGCCAUCACGCGUAAACUACUCCUGGAACAAUUAAACAGCCCACCCUUGGAUUUGAAAGGAAUUCUAUAGACUUCGAGUGAUUGGCUUUGGUUUUUGGCUUGUUUCUGUUGUUCCAUCUUGUAGAGACUGAGAAAUAACUGCCAACAUGUCUAGGGACCAUGACAAUGUGAAUAAGCUGACCGAAAGUACAUACAAGAAUGUGAUGGAGCAGUUGAAUCCAGGACUGAGGAACCUUGUCAAUCUGGGGAAGAACUAUGAGAAAUCUGUAGCCGUGAUGACUCUUGCUGGGAAGGCGUACUUUGAUGCUGUGUCAAAGAUAGGAGAGACUGCUUCCGUGUCCCCUGUCUCCAGAGAAUUAGGUGUGGUUCUGAUGGAAAUCUCUGAGGUGCACAAGAAGGUUCACCUGGAGCUGGAGGAGAAUUUCAAGCAGUUCCACAAAGAAAUCAUUUCUGAGCUGGAGAGGAAAACAGAGAUGGAUGUCAAAUAUAUGACUGCAACAUUCAAGCGGUACCAGUCAGAGCACAAAAUGAAGCAGGACUCUCUGGAGCGCUCUCAGACGGACCUGAAGAAGCUGCGGAGAAAGACCCAGGGAAAACAAGCCACCAAGUACGAGAAGAAGGAGAACGAGUAUAUAGAGACCAUCUCGUCUCGGCAGAGUGACAUGCAGAAGUUCAUCGCUGACGGCUGCAGAGAGGCCCUCCUGGAGGAGAAGAGACGAUUCUGCUUCCUGGUCGACAAACACUGCACGUUCUCUUACCAUGUCAACACCUUCCACGAGAAGGCCAAAGAGCUGCUGGCAGUGAAGCUGCCCAGCUGGCAGGAUAAAUGCAAAGAUGCCACCAAGGUCCCCGACACAGUAUUGACCAUGCUAGAGGGGCUCCGCACCCCCAUGUCUGGGACCCCAGAAGCCUCGCCUCUCGUCGAACGCUACAACAGGAACAACAGGGACUCAAUGGUUCCUCCACCAGCCCCCCAGCUGAAGGCCCAGAUCAGUCCACUGGCUAAUAUGUUCAACCAGGACGUCCCCCACGCCUCCUCAGACCACAACUCAGGCCAGAGCAGUAUGGAGAACAGUGGAAGCCUGUCUCUAUCCCGGUCAGUGUCGAUAGGUUCUGGGCUGAACGUGGGCAGGAAGCCACGGGUUAGGACCAUCUUCCCCCACACGGCCGGCAACAACGACACACUCCUGUCCUUUGAUGAUGGUGACAUCAUCAUACUGCUCAUCAAGGAGGAGAAGGACGGAUGGCUAUACGGAGAGCUGGAGAAGACCCGGCAACGGGGCUGGUUUCCCUCAUCUUACUGCCGACCUUACAAUGAACCACUGAUCUCAAACAGUUUGGGGACACCGGUGCGUCGUCUGAGUGUGGCCAGUCUUCCGGAACAGGAAGAGGAGGAGCCUGUUUUGCUGCCGCCGCCAGACUACAGCGACAGGACAGGGAACAGCCCUGUCAGCCUGGUCAGCGCCUCCACACCCUCACCCAAAAACACGAUCUCUCUACCCAAUGAGGUUGGAAAGGUUCCCUUUCUGGGAGGUGGGAAUCCCUUUGCCACUGUCAAACUGAGACCUACAGUGACCAACGACAGAUCAGCACCCAACGUCUAAUAACCAGAGCUCAUCCAGACAGAGGAAUGAUAAAGCACCACCAACACUCCAGAAUUACAGUCCAACAAGAUGUCCACAAAGCAUGGAUUCUACUCCGCUUCAGCAAACCAGCUCCAUUGUAGCUAGCUCCAUUGUACCCGAGCCAGCUCCAUUGUAGCCAGCUCCGUUGUAGCCAGCGCCGUUGUUACUAGCUCCGUUGUAGCCAGCACCAUUGUAGCUAGCUCCGUUGUAACUAGCACCGUUGUAGCCAGCUCCGUUGUAGCUAGCUCCAUUGUAGCCAGCUCCGUUGGAGCCAGCGCCGUUGUUACUAGCUCCGUUGUAGCCACCUCCGUUGUAGCCAGCUCCAUUGUAAGCCAGCUCCAUUGUAGCCAGCUCCAUUGUAAAUGGAAGUGACAAUGAUUAUGGGCAGUGCUGAAACAUAAUAAAAUCCAGGCUACCUUCCUCACUCUUUUGCGUUCAGAUUGUUUUUAAAAUAAAUAUAUAUACAGUCGCUAGUGAAAGUCUACACACCCUUUGCAGAGUCUUCAAAGUUUGUUGCCUUAAAAUGUAAUCUACAGAGGGAAUAAAUGUAUUUUUUCUACUGACCUACACUGACCUACACAACCUACUUCACAUUUUCAGACUGAAAGAUAAAUUAUACAACACCCCAGAGUUAAUACUGGGUGGAAGCACCUUUGGCAGCCAUUACAGCUGGGAAUCAUUUGUUGUACUAUUAGGGCAACAUUUAUCCAUUGUUUUGGCAAAAUUGCUCAAGCUCAUUACAUUUGGUUGGGAAUCAUUAAUGGACACCAAUAUUCGAACCGUGUCUCUGAUUUUCAAGCAAAGUUAGUCAGGACUGAGAGUGGACUACUGAGGAACACUCAACACCUCUUGGAAAACAUUUUGGAGUCUUCGGCAUUAACAUUUGUGUAAUUGUUCCGCAAAAACAUCUAUCCCAGGGUUAGGUUUGCGGAAGACUGAGGCAGGGUUUUCUCUAACUUCUUACCUGGGCUUUGCUCCUUUCAUAUUUAUUUUUGAUCAUGACAAACUCCCCAGUCCCUGCCGUUGACAAGCAUACCUAUAACAUGAGUUAUUAUAUAAUCAUUUACUGCUCUUUUGACAAAUUUUCUGCAAUUUUGACAAAAACGAUGGAUAUAUAUUUCCCUAAGAGUUGUCGAGAGUUUGAAUUUCAUUCCAAAUUAUUAACAGCUGUAAUGGCUGCCAACAGUGUUUCCACCAAGUAUUAACUCUGGGGUGUGAAGUCAUACACAAUAAAGACUUAGUUUUUUUUUAAAAAAGGCAUUUUGAACAUUUUCUGUAAUUUAUUUAACUGAAAAUGUGGAUUAGGUUGUGUACAUCGGUAGGAAGGCAAAAUGAUUAUUAGUUUAUUUUUGUAAUAUUUGGGGUGUGUUGACCUUCUCUAGGCACUGUAUUCUGUCUGUAGACCUUCUCUAGGCACUGUAUUCUGUCUGUAGACCUUCUCUAGGCACUGUAUUCUGUCUGUAGACCUUCUCUAGGCACUGUAUUCUGUCUGUAGACCUUCUCUAGACACUGUAUUCUGUCUGUAGUAGUUGUAGGAAUGAGGCACAGGGACACUAGUUGGGGAAAGAAGUGCUACAUUUUUUGCCAUAUUUAUUUUUUCAUUAUGACGUAACCAUUUUUCAAUGGGGAGGCUACUAUUUAUGCGUACAUUUUAAACAAAUUAGAGAUGUAUCAUUUUUUUAAAAUUCAUUUCAUCAUAAAGAAGUCUACUCAGCCCCCACUAAGUGUAUUGAGUGUAAACAAUGAGAGUUUAUGGAAGAAUGAAUAUAGCUCAUGUAAGUUAUGUUUAAAAUGAAAAUAAGAGAUUUUUGAUUAGCCAUAGACUACUAAAUGAAUGUAUGCUGAAUGGGGAAUGGAUUGACAUACGGACUCUGCUAUGCUAUUUCUUCAUAGUUUUAAAAGUAUUUUUUUUCAUACUUGUUUAAAGGUUCAUGAUGUUUAUAAAGUUGUAAGGAGACAAUGUAUCUUCAUUUUUUUCAUGGUAAGCUGAAGACUGUGUUUUACAAAUACACAAUUGUUGUAAAUUACAAUAACAUUGUUAUUGGUAGAAAUACCGUAUGAACCAUGCAGUAUAUCGAAAGAGUAUAUAGGUUUUUCUCUUCCUUCAGUGUAGAUGAAUUCAUGAUACACACUGCUGUCCAUGAUAAUUGAUGAUUCCCAAAUAAGUGUAUGGUUCUUCUUCUAUCUCUGUUCAGAUACUGAUGUAUAUUCUGUCAUUCUCUAAAGGUGACAAGGAAAAUGCUUUACCAUGGUGUUCUGUAGACUAAAGUUAUGUUAUCUUACAGUAAAACAGGAUAAACCUUAACACGGUCUUUAUUUUUUUAAACAUUUUUUUUAAUUCAUGUACUGUCUUUGCAAUUUACUGCCAUAACCUACUGAAUAUCUGUAUGAAGACUGUAUAACUGACAAUGUUGUAUGUCCCUUAAUACAUGAGAUGAAAUUGAGAAUUUGGUUGUCUUUUAAUUGAAUGAGUCGUUUUUAUUUUAUAUUGAACGAAUGAGUAGGCUACCAUUCUUUCCUGCCCCAUAGUAAAUAGCUUUAAGUUAUGUUAAUUUGAUUGCCAUAAACACUCACAUUAAUAUCUAAAUAAAGAUGUCUAUGUUUACCACUAGA